AUGGCUGGGCUGCCUCUCCUGCUGCUUCUGCUGCUCUUCUCUCUCCUGCCUCCAAUUAUUGCUAAGAAGAUGCAAAACUUUUGUGUGUUGCCACAACCUUACAAGAUUCAGGAAAAUUAUUACAGCCCUGGUGAUCUCAUUGUUGGUGGGAAUUUGCACUUGGGACUCUAUUGGGAACUUUAUUUACCCUUUAACAAAGACCCAUAUCUGUUUUCUCUCUCAUAUUUACCCACACCCAACAACUACCAGAUGUUCAUGGCCCUGGUGUUUGCAGUGACAGAGAUCAACCAAGAUCCGGUUCUCCUCCCCAACAUCACCCUGGGUUUCAACAUGUAUGACAAUGCUAAUUGGAACAAAAGAGUUUCAUUGAUCAGCCUCUUUCUGCUCUCCACACGAGACCAAAUGGUUCCAGGUUAUAAAUGUGGCGAGGGGGAAACUCUCUUCUCUGUCAUUGGUGGUGACAACCCCCAACUCUCAAUGCCAAUGGCCUCCAUCUUCAGUAUCUUCAAGAUCCCACAGCUCAGCAUUGGCUUUGAGUUCAUUCAGGGAGACCGAAGAGUUUAUCCUUCCUCUUUUCGGAUUAAUCCCAAGGAAUUUCCUCAAUAUGUGGGUUUAGUCCGGAUGCUCCUGUAUUUCCAGUGGAACUGGGUUGGGUUUAUUGUCACUGAAAAUGAGAACGGAGAACGUUUCCUCUCUACUCUGAGGCCAAUGCUCAUGGAGAAGGAGAUCUGCCAGGCCUUCACUCAAAGACUUCUUCCUUAUUUGAUGAAUGUCCAGUUCAACAACAGUGCUGGAGAAGAAGUCUCCAUCUCAGAAAAAGGAUUGGGAUCUGCUCAUUAUGACCUUCUCAAUUGGAAUCGCCUCCCCAAUCGAUCAGUUGUACUUCUGAAUGUUGGGCAAAUAAAUCCCGAGGCUCCCCCAGGCCAGGAUGUCACCAUUCACUCUGAUGCAAUUGUCUGGCCUACAAUGAAGGUGCCCUUUGCCAGGUGUGGCAUGAAGAGGUGCCAGGCAGGAGAGAGGAGAAGAGUUCCAGAGGGCGAGCAGGUUUGCUGCUAUCUAUGUACUCCUUGUUCAGAUGGGACUAUUUCUGAUCUGACAGCUGAUUGUGCUCCUUGCCGAGAAGAUGAAUACCCCAACAAGGAUAAGGUCCACUGCAUUCCCAAGAAGCUCCACUUCCUUUCCUAUCAAGACCCCCUGGGGAAUGCUUUAUCCUCUUUAGCUCUUUUCUUUUCUCUGAGCACAAUUGCCGUUCUGGUGAUUUUCCAUAAACAUCAUGACACACCAAUUGUCAAGGCUAACAACAGAGAUCUCAGUUACAUCCUCCUGGUCUCCCUCCUGCUCUGCUUCCUCUGCUCCUUUCUCUUCAUUGGUCAACCCAGGAAGCUCAUCUGUCUCUUCCGACAAACUGCCUUUGCCAUUCUCUUUUCCCUUGCGGUUUCCUGUGUGUUGGCAAAAACUGUCAUGGUGGUUCUGGCCUUCAUGGCUACCAAGCCAGGGAACAGGACAAGGACAUUCUUAGGAAAACCACUGACCAUCUCUAUUGUCUUAAGCUGUCCCCUUGUCCAAGCACUUCUUUGUGUCACCUGGUUGAUAACUUAUCCCCCAUUUCCCAACUUGGACUUCCACUCCUUGGUCAGAGAGACCAUCAUAGAAUGUAAUGAAGGCUCAGCUUCAAUGUUUUACACUGUCCUGGGCUACCUGGGUUUCCUGGCCCUUAUCAGUUUUACACUGGCCUUUCUGGCUAGGAAAUUGCCUGAUAGCUUUAAUGAAGCCAAGUUCAUUACUUUUAGCAUGCUGGUCUUUUGCAGCGUUUGGCUCACCUUCCUCCCCACCUACCUGAGCACCAAAGGGAAGUCCAUGGUGGCCGUGGAGAUCUUCUCCAUCUUGGCCUCUGGGGCUGGUCUCUUGGCUUGUAUCUUUUUCCCCAAAUGCUACAUUAUUGUACUGAGGCCCCAUCUGAAUCGUAAAGAUAAUAUAAUGAGGCAGAAGAAUUGCUGA